AUGAAGUACGCUUUCGUCGCCGCCGCGCUCGUCGCCAGCUCCGUCGCCGCUCCAUCCUGGAGCGAGGGCCCUUCCGGCCCAGCUGGCUACGGCGGCGAGUGGGAAUCCACCAGCUGUUCGAGCGAGGCCGCUGCCUGGACCGAGGCUCCCAAGGCCCCAGCCUACUCUGCGCCAGCAAAGGCUCCCGAGUACAGCUCGUCUGAGGCCCCCGUCUGGACUGAGGCUCCCAAGGCUCCAGCCUACUCUGCGCCAGCCAAGGCUCCCGAGUACAGCUCGUCUGAGGCCCCGGUCUGGACUGAGGCUCCCAAGGCUCCAGCCUACUCUGCACCAGCAAAGGCUCCAGAGUACAGCUCUUCUGCCCCAGCCGCCCCAUCUUACUCCUCUGAGAGCAGCGCUGCCCCGGUCUGGAGCUCCUCCGCCGCCCCAAGCUACUCCGCCCCAGUCUGGAGCUCCUCCGCUGCUCCUAGCUACUCUGCCCCAGUCUGGAGCUCCUCCGCCGCCCCUAGCUACUCUGCCCCGGCCAGCUCCUCCGCCGCCCCUAGCUCCUCUGCCCCGGCCAGCUCCUCUGCCCCGGCCAGCUCCUCCGCCGCCCCUAGCUACUCCGCUCCGGCCAGCAGCGCUUCUGCCCCAGUGAGCAGCGCCCCGGCUCCAGUGAGCAGCUCCCCAGUCGUGAGCAGCAAGCCCGUUGCCUCCAUGCCACCAGUCAGCUCCUCGGCGGCGCCCAAGUCAUACGGCUCCAGUAAGUUCUCUGUCUCCACGUCUUGCCGAUGAAUUGGCGCUCACGUCCCUCUCUAGUCCCCCCAGCGUCCAGCAGCAAGCCCGCCGUGCCAGCGGGCACUGCUCCAGCCUACAAGCCCUCCGCCGCUGGCUCUGCUGGAAUCCCAUCCAGCUCCCCGAUUGUCCCCUACAAGGGUGCCGCCUCGACUCUCAAUGCUGCCGGCCUGCUUGUCGGCGUCGGUGCCUUGGUCGCCCUCUUCCUCUAA